GUGCACAUGGCGGGACUUUCGCCCAGCGGCGGAGGAUAUCAUGUGAAGCUGUGCGAGCUUCUAGGUCCUGAGCCCGACGCUACAUGCAUGCCAGCCGAGAAGGUGUCGCUGUUGCCCACCUUCCUUUCGACCGAAUGGCCGGCAGGCUCUGCUGAUGAGCAUCCUAUCCCCCAAGGGGUGCUACGAGAAAAUCCCGUGGCAGAAAGGGUGCUUCGUCCAAAUCCCGUCGCAGAAGGGGUACUGCGCGAACCCAGCACUGCGCCGUUGAUGAGACAGGCUGCGCACACCCUUCCGCCCGGCGUUGCGCAGCAUGGAGCGGCAGCGCAGCCUCUUUUUCCACCAGCGCCGCCAGCACAA